AUGACCAAUUUACGUGUUGAGCUGCCACCGUUGACGAUGUUCACUAACUCUGCAUUCAGUCGACAAAGUCGUAGUGUAAAGGACAUGGCCACAACGCCUGUUGUAAGCACGCCCAAAUUGUCACUGGCGUUUAUCCUUGACGACAAAAAAGCUCUACUAUCGCCAGCAACUCCGUCCAGCCGGCAGCCUACUUUGCUGCUUCAACCAUCAUCCAAGCGGCGCAAGAGCAACAGACGUAAAUUCACAGCAAAUGAAAAGCGUGCGGCGCGCCAAUGCUGCAUCGAAGGCUGCACUAACUACACCAUUGACCGCGGUCUUUGCUUUCGUCAUGGCGGCGGUAAAACCUGCUCUAUGCCUGGCUGCGCGGCCAGCGCUAAACAUUGCGGCCUAUGCUGGAAGCACGGCGGGUCUACACCUUGCUCGGUGAAGGAUUGCACGCGUGGCGCAAAGUCGCGCGGACUGUGCUGGUCACACGGUGGUGGAUUUAGAUGCUCGGUGGCUUCGUGCCUCAAGACGACGAUCUCAAAGGGUCUGUGUUGGACACAUGGUGGUGGCAAGCGCUGCGCACUUGACGGCUGCAAACGACCGGCACAAAACAAGCAAAACUUUUGCUCCAAGUGUCACCCGUUUGCAGUCUAG